AUGGAUAUUGAUAAUGAUGAUGAGAUAUUGAGGACACUCGCACAUGGCCAAUCCAUUGAUUACUCGACAUGGCCGAGUUUACUUGAGAGGUUGAUGACCAGAUUGGAAAAGAUUGUCAUCACCGAUUUCCAAAUUCCCAAACCUCCAACACACCCUCGCCCCUCCUCGCCUUCACUCUCCCCCAAACGCGAUACCAAUACUGAAGACCCUUUUACUACCUCCCAACCGUCGUUAGAAUCUCUUCCACCAAUCUGCUACAAGCAACUUCUCGAUGUCCAAAAUACAUUGAACAAGCAAUUCCCAACUCACCCACCUCACACAAUUCAACGCCUAUCCGAACUCCUACUAAAUCCCACUCAACACCACCGCUCUCUUCCCUCUUACCUCCACGCACUUGAUCGCGUCGUCCAUGUCACAUCGCCCAUCACCUCAUUCCCUCUCCCACCUGCCGUUCCAGACCCAAGAGUUUCUUCCUCUGUCCUCAGUAAUGGAACGCCUCCCUCCGUUGACCCUCUUAGCAUUACCUGGAGUAAUCCGACAACUGGAACCGCUCCGGUGAAUGGAGGACUAGGUAGUGACGAAGCACUAGGAGGUGCAUUAUUGACUCCCAUUAGUUGGUUGAAUAAGCGGGAAUCAAGCCUCUCACACACAGGUUCAAAUGGCACGAAUUCCGGAGGAGGCUCACCUCGUGGGGAGGUACGAACAGAGAGUACCGAAACGAUUGAUGGACCGAAUGGACCGGGUGGUGUUGAGACAGUUUCUGUAUCCGUAAAUGGUAUUUCAUCAGUUGGAUCUCAUGCAAUGAUGUCGCUACUUUCUUCAUCGCCAUCUGGUUCUGGAGAACAAGGUUUGAGAGCAGAAGGUGGAGUUACACAAGGAGAAUUAUUACGCCAGGAACAGAAAGCUGGGGUGGUUCCAGCAUCGCAAUUAAGAAUACAGAGGGAACCCGAGAGAGAAGAACGGACGGGGAAAGGAGAUGAAAGUGGAAUGGGAGAAGACGAUGAGAUGCCACAUGCGCGGGGUCCAGAGGAGAUUGGAAUGGAAGACAUGGGACCUCAAGAACCGGGAAAAGUGCCAAUGACUGGGGGCGGGAUUGAUGUUGAGGCUGCUGUGGGAAGGAGGCCGGAUUUCACGGAGGAAAAGGAAGAGGAGAAAGGGAAGGAAGGAGAAGAUGGGGAAUCGAGGGGAAAGGAGGGUGAAGAUGCAGACGGAGAUGCGAACAUGAAAAUUGAGGCUAAGGAUGACGAUGAACAAUCGACUACAUCGAAAAGAGCAGCAGAAGACGAUAUUGGAAGUGAAGCUGGGGAAAAGAGGGUUAAAGAGGAGAUGGAUAUCGAACCACAAGCAGACCCUGAGAUCAAACCGGAUGAUGCCAAGGAAAAUGUAGUGCAAGGAGAAGAAGAUACCAAGAUGGAAACCGACUCAGAAACAGAAGCGAAGACGGAUCAUGUAGACGAAAAUGCAAAGGCAGAACCUGCCAAGGAGGAAACUUAA